AUAACGUUUGCAAACAUGGGUAUCGCCAUGUUGGAGCCGUCCCUACCAAUGUGGAUGUCGGACACAAUGGGCGCACCCGAAUGGGAGCAAGGUGUUGCCUUUUUACCCGCAAGCAUUUCGUAUUUGAUAGGAACAAAUGUAUUUGGUUUACUGGCUCAUAAAAUAGGCAGAUGGCUCACUGCUCUACUCGGAAUGUUGAUGAUCGGAUUUCUUAUGAUCGCAAUUCCAUUUGCCAAGAAUAUAUUCCAUUUAAUAGUGCCGCAUAUUGCUGUAGGUUUUGGAAUUGGAAUGGUGGAUUCAUCCAUGAUGCCGCUAAUGGGUCAUUUGGUGGAUUUGCGUCAUGUGUCUGUUUACGGUAGCGUCUACGCCAUUGCAGAUGUGGCAUUUUGUUUGGGAUUUGCUGUCGGUCCUGCCGUAAGUGGGGCCAUUGUGAGAUGCGUAGGAUUUCAGGGGAUGAUUUGGGUGAUUUCCACAGUAAAUAUCUUAUACGCUCCGACAAUGCUGUUUCUUCGGAAUCCACCUGUCAAAGAGGAGAAAAUGUCGCUGGUGAUGAAUGAACAAUGUCCAGUACAAUAUGUGACGUACAACCAAAGUAAACGGGAUACGACAUCAGAAGACGAUGAGGGCGGCUACUGAGAGGGUGUGGCCGCAGACUGUCCGCCGUACCCUGUUGUGCUUUCACUGAGGCGAAGGGGGUUGGGGAGAAUUCGAAUAACGAUGGUUAUAAAUGAAUGUCAACCACAACAAUAG